AUGAAUUCUAAACAUCAGUGUGUGCAACUGAAUGAUGGUCACUUCAUUCCUGUCCUGGGAUUUGGCACCUUGGCAACUGGAGAGGUUCCCAAGAAUAUGUCUGUGAAUGCCAUCAAAUUAGCUAUAGAUGUUGGGUUCUGCCAUUUUGAUUCUGCUUAUAUUUAUGACAAUGAAAAAGAAGUAGGAGUGGCUAUUCAAAGCAAGAUUGCAGAUGGCACUGUGAAGAGAGAAGACAUAUUCGUCACUUCAAAGCUUUGGCCCACUUUCAGUCAUCCAGAUCUGGUCAAAACUUGCUUGCAGAGGUCACUGGAAAACCUUCAUCUGGACUAUGUUGACCUCUAUCUUAUUCAUUACCCACUGGCAAUGAAGCCAGGAGAUGAGAAUAUUCCAAAAGAUGAGCAUGAGAAAAUAAUAUUUGAUACAAUGGAUAUUUGUGCCACAUGGGAGGCCAUGGAAAAGUGUAAGGAUGCAGGAUUGGCCAAGUCCAUCGGGGUGUCCAACUUUAACCACAGACAGCUGGAGAUGAUCCUGAAAAAGCCAGGGCUCAAGUACAAGCCUGUUUGCAAUCAGGUAGAAUGCCAUCUUUAUAUGAAUCAGAGCAAAUUGCUGGAUUUCUGCAAGUCAAGAGACAUUGUUCUGAUUGCAUAUGGUGCUUUGGGAACUCAACGAUAUAAACUUUGGGUGAACCAGAGCUCCCCAGUUCUCUUGGAUGACCCAGUUCUUUGUGCCAUGGCAAAAAAAUACAAGCAAACCCCAGCCCUGAUUGCCUUUCGCUACUUGUUGCAGCGUGGGCUUGUGGUCCUGGCAAAGAGCUUCAAAGAGGAAAGGAUCAAAGAGAACAUGCAGGUUUUUGAAUUCCAGUUGACUUCUGAGGACAUGAAACUCCUAGAUGGUCUGAACAGAAAUUUUCGAUACAUUACUGCUAAUAUUUUUGCUGACCACCCUAAUUACCCAUUUUCUGAUGAAUAUUAA